CUCUUUCUCCAACCCAGAAGUCCUCCUCUCGCGCGGCGGCCGUCGUCGUCGCGCGCGGUCCCCCGCUGCAUGUUCCUCUGAAGCGGAGGGGCAGAGCGGGCUAGCUAGGACUCGCUGCCGUUCCCGCCUCUCCAGCCAUUCAUUCUUCCCCUACCGAAGGAGGAUGGAGGAAAAAAAGACGGCGAAGAACAACAUGAGGGAGCGCGGGAUCAUCUCGUCGUCGUCGGAGAGCGAGGUGGAGGAGGACGAAGUGGCUGUGACCGAGGAGCCCCCGCCGACGUGGGAAAAAGCGAGAGGCGUCGCUGGCGUCGGCGGGCGGAAGAGGCUGCUGACGAAGCAGCUGUCGAUGCGGGAGACGACGAGGGAGGCCAAGUGGGAGAAGCGAAGGCGGCAGAUCCUGCACCGGAGGCAGAUGGUGGACGGGGAGUCGUCCCCCAUCAACUGCGGCGGUGGGAGGCUGAGCAGGCUGGGCUCCAGGGUGAGAAGCCUCACGGACGAGGACUGGGACGAGCUGAUGGGCUCUAUCGAGCUCGGCUUCGGGUUCAAUGAAGAAGAUGGAGGUCACGAUCUUUGCGACACGCUGCCAGCUCUCGACCUCUACUUCGCCGUCAACCGCCAGCUCUCCGACCCCAGGCUCCGGUCCUCGCCGAGCCCUGCGUCCACUCCCACAGCUGCCACCUCCUCGGCGUCGACGGUCUGCGGCAGCCUGAGCCCGAGCAGCCCCCUCGAGCCCCACCAGCACUCGCAUUCUUCCCCCAGCGAGUCCUGGAAGAUCUGCAACCCAGGAGACAAUCCUCAGCAUGUGAAGACGAGGCUGAGGCACUGGGCACAGGCCGUGGCUUGUUCCGUGAGGCAAUCCAGCUCAUGAGCUUCCAAACAAAUACGACUUGCUCUUCCUGAGGAGAGGGGGGGAGGAGCUGAGGAGGAGAAAGGAGAGGCAGGACCGUUUUGUUUGACCUCAUAACGCGAACCAGCUAUUGUACAUAGCAUGACUUCUUCUUCUUCUUCUUCGCCCUCUUACCACUUCUGCUUGCUCUCUACUCUCUAGUCUCAACUACAUUUACUUCGUGUUUCUUCUUCUUUGUUCUACUUUGUCGUGUUUCUUCUUCUUUCUUCUACUCUCUCUGCCCACCGGCCACAAGUCUUCCUGGCAGGAGGAGAACGAGGGGAAUGACUGCAGGGAGAGCCACUCGUAGAGGCCGCCCACUAGGCCAUUGUCACUGCACCAAGGAAAGAUUAAUGUACGAUUGGGUAUAAGAAAGGGAGGGGAAGGAGAGAGAGAGAGAGGUGGCGUAGGAGGAGGUGGUGUUGUUGUCUCUACCAGGCAGUCAAAUCAAGGUCAUUGUGGUCCAGCGCAGCAGAAUAAUGGGGAAGAGGACGGGAGGUACGAACAAGCUAACAUUUGAUUUGAUUGGGGGGGACAAAACGUUCUUGGGCUGUUAUUUUUCUUGCUUAUUCUAAAUGUUACUGAACUUAUUUCUUAGAAUUAAUGCAGCUUACAUUCUUAAUCUUAUAUGU